AAUCAUAUUUACAACCGGCUUGUUUAAAUGAAAAUCGCGUUCAGAUUUUAAUUUUUAGUUAAAACUUUUAACUGCCAAGUACCGACUGGUUAUUACUUUGCACAGUCAUUCGAAUUCAUCUAUCUCAUAGUCGAAUAUUGCUGUACUGUUGUUUUAAAUCUACGAACCAAUAUUAUAAUAGUAAUCAAAUUGAUUUCUCUAAAUGAACAGAAUGUCCAAACUGAUCAAAUGGCGACAUAUAGCAGCCGCAAUGGCUUACUGUCAGACGACCUCCAUCGCUGAUUCUGAUUAUGUGGUAAAAGAAGCCGAGGUCGUAAAUUUAAAACAGCCUGUUGAAAAUUUUACGCACAAAUAUCUUUUACAACAAACGUGUUCGCUGUCGGUAAAUGCAGCUUGCCAGAUGAUUACAUUCGCUACGGUCGCACUCGAGGAAGCUUCAAAACAAUACAAAGACGUUCUUUAUGAGUUCAUCGAUUUAUUGGAAAACAAUGAAUAUUCUGCCGAAGAAUUAGAAAAAGUGUCAAUGGAAUCCAGAUAUGAUAUUGCAGAGGCCAAGACGUUUUACUUGGAUUCAUUGAGUGCUAUUGAUUCUGCGUUACAACUAGGCCGUUCGUCUUUGCAAAUGUCAUUUAGUGUGGAAGCCAACGCUGUAUUUAACAUCAUGUCCGAUAGACUUUACACGGCCGAGCAAGAAUUGAAAUCCAUCAUGCAAGAAAUACGAAAAGUAGAAGACUUAUCGUCAGAGACAUUAUCAAACGUCUUAAAGAAAUUGAAUAAAGACAAAUAAUUAUAACAUUAUUACUACACGUCUAAUAAUUGUAAAGCGAAUAUUUUCAUUUAAUCGUUAUAUAUUUUUUGUAGUUACAAAAUAAUUUUUUAUACCGACAAUUUUGUUGAAUACAAAAAAAAUAAUAAAAACCAUUUCACUGUUUGCCGAUUUCAACUACUGAUUGACGACGAUCUACUUAUUGAAGAUAUGCUGCUUACGUCAUUGGAUCCAGCCGGCUGAUAGAACUUGUUAGUCGACUUUAUUAAAGUAUUAGAUACGUAUUUGCCACUGUAGUCUUUCUUUUCCUCCCUAGUAUUGUUGAGUUUAGCUAACAACCGGUCUUUUUCAGCUCUAGACAAUGAAGUUUCGGGCGUUGUGAACGUACUACCGCUGUUGUUCGUUUCAUUUUGAUUCGUGAGGCUGGACUGCAUUUGAAGUAAUAUUUUUUCAUCGUCCUAAGAAUAAAUAAUUGUAAAAUCGAGGAGUUGCUCACACGAAUACGCACUCUUCAUAAACAUUUGUGACUAAAAUCACCACUUACCUUCACUAAUUUGUUAAUACCGUUGUUGAAUAGCAACAAUUUAUGAACCGAAGAGUUUGUUAUAGCAGCUCUGCUAUUGUCUGGACUUUGAUUAACAAUUCCAGUUUUUUGAUUUGUUAAAUUUGAUUGCAUAUUUCUGAUAGACACAUCACUAUCGCCGGAAGUGCCGUGCAGAGAUUCUAUUACGCGGACACCUUUUUUGUACGACAACUCGCUAUUGUCUCCGUUGCCUCCAAGGUUAUGUCUCGCUACUACCGUUGUAGCUGUACUAUUGAAGAAAUACACUACCAUUAAAUACACAUUGGCAAUGAAUCAAACUUGGGCGUUUUUUUAAUUUAAAUAACGAAUAAUUAUUAUUAAAAUAAUGAUAUAUUAAUAAUUAUCAUGUAUAUUUUCGUUUAGCGAAUCAAAUAAUUUUUUAUUUUAAUUAAAUCGGUAUUUACGCAUUUACUGUUUCUUAUAAUAUUUCCUUUUAAU